AUGACUGCCUCCGAUAGACUAGGUCAAACCUCUGACAUUUUGUCGCAAUCCAUUAAGAGCGCAGAAACGCCGUUCAAAGUGACCGUCAUCGGUUCCGGUAACUGGGGUACCACCAUUUCCAAGGUGGUGGCCGAAAACGCAGCCUUGCGUCCACAGCUCUUCGUCAAGCGCGUCGACAUGUGGGUCUUCGAAGAACAGGUGGACGGCCAAAAGCUGACCGAGAUCAUCAACACCAAGCACGAAAACGUCAAGUAUCUGCCUAAAAUCGAGCUGCCAGAAAACUUGGUGGCCAACCCAGACCUCUUGGACGCCGUCAAGGACGCCGACAUCUUGGUGUUCAACAUCCCCCACCAGUUUUUGCCCCGUAUCGCUGCCCAGCUCGAGGGUAAGGUCAAGCCUUCUGCCCGUGCCAUCUCCUGUCUAAAGGGUUUCGACGUUGGCAAGGACGGUGUGCGUCUGCUAUCCACCUACAUCGAGGAGAAGCUCGGCAUCACCUGUGGUGCCCUUUCCGGUGCCAACUUGGCCCCAGAAGUGGCCAAGGAAAACUGGUCUGAGACCACCGUCGCCUACGAGAUUCCAAAGGACUUCAGAGGUGAGGGUAAAGAUGUCGACCACGGCGUGCUCAAGGCUUUGUUCCACAGACCUUACUUCCACGUCAACGUGAUUGACGAUGUCGCCGGUAUCUCGGUUGCCGGUGCCUUGAAGAACGUUGUGGCUCUAGGUUGCGGUUUCGUUGAGGGUCUCGGCUGGGGUAACAACGCCUCUGCUGCCAUCCAGAGAGUCGGUCUUGGUGAAAUCAUCAAGUUUGGCCAAAUGUUCUUCCCUCACUCGCGCGUCCAGACCUACUACCAAGAGUCCGCCGGUGUUGCCGACUUGAUCACCACCUGUUCCGGUGGUAGAAACGUCAGAGUUGCCACCGCCAUGGCCCAGACCGGCAAGUCUGCUGAAGAGUGUGAAAAGGAGUUGUUGAACGGUCAAUCCGCUCAAGGUAUCCACACCUGUAAGGAGGUUCACGAAUGGCUUGCCGCCUCCGGUCACACCGAAGAGUUUGUGCUAUUCGAAGCCGUUUACCAGAUUGUCUACGAAGGUGCCUCGAUGGACUCUUUGCCAGACAUGAUUGAGGAUUUGCAAGGUGUGAAUGUCAAGGACGAGAAGAAGGACGAGUAA